AUGGCUCUUGUGCAGUGGUCUAUGAACUUGCCAAAACCAAGUUCACAGAAGACCAAGUUCUGUACUGUGCCUGGUGGCCUGGCAGCAGUGAGGAAACAAUUUGAGAAAGUGCAAAGGAUGUCUCCAAAAAAGACCUUUGUUCAGUACCAGCACCAGAACAGAUCUCUACAGGAAACAUCAAGUAGCAGGCACCACACACUAUCAAGUAGCACCAGGGAAGCUGGGUACAAUGAAAUGACCUCCAAAGAAAGUCAAACAGAAGCCUCUCAAACACAAGAGGUUGGAGGAAAAACCCAUCUCUUUAUUCUUCUUCCCCUUUCAGUAAUCAAUUCAGCUCAGAAUGAAGAGCUCCCAAAGACUGUAACACAGAUUUUAAAACAGCAGAUUGAGAAGGCAGCUCAGGAAAAGGCUGUUCACUCUGACAGAGAGAUCACAACAUCUGCUAAAGAAGUAAAGAAACUGCAGAUUCAGGAAAACGAAACAUGCAAACUCUGUCAACAGAGAGUUUACCCCAUGGAAUGUCUAAUUGCUGAUAAGCAGAAUUUUCAUAAAUCGUGUUUCCGAUGUCACCACUGCGGCAGUCAAUUAAGCUUGGGAAAUUAUGCAUCUCUCCAUGGAAAAAUAUAUUGUAAACCUCACUUUAAGCAACUUUUCAAAUCAAAAGGAAAUUAUGAUGAAGGUUUUGGACACAAGCAGCAUAAGGAAUUAUGGAAUUCUAAAGAUCAACUUAGUUCAAUUAACAAUACUCAGGCUGAAGAAACAAAUCCCAUUAAUGGUGUAUCUGUUGAUCCUAAACCAAUUACAGAAGUUAAUAAAGACUUGUACUCAGGUACUGAAGGUGCUCAUCCUGAUAUUUUGGAUACUAAUUUGAAAAAAUCCACAGAAAGAGGUAAAUUAAAAAUGACAUGGCCUCCUUCAACAGAUGAUGCAACAUCCAAGAAAGCAUUUUCUAUUGAAGAAUCAGCUAAAGUAAGUAAGUCAAAGUGGCCCCCAGAAGGUUUUGCUCAAGAAGAUUCUAGUCUACAUACAAAUAAACCUCUGGGCAACAAAAAGGAAUCUCAGAAAAAUCCCACUGUGAUGGAGCAAAAUAAAACCAACACCACAAAUUCACAACAAAAUCAACACUCAUCCUCUUGCUCUCUGUCUGAAAAAGAAGGUACAAAUAUCUGUAAAGCAAAGAUAAAUGAAGCAGGCAAUAAGGGAAAGGGUGAAGAAGCUGGGAAUGUGCAAGAUAAGGUGAAUAAACUAGAAGCAUCAGAGAAUAGGGAGCAAAAAGGAAAGGACAUUAAAGAGGGUGAUAAUGCAAUUGUGGAUAGUACUGGGAAGAAGCAAGAGAAACAAAUUAAUGAAACUGGUCAUUCAGAAGUUGUACAGGUUACGAACAUUGAUGAUGUAACAGUACAAAAGAAUCACACAGAAUGCUUGAAUAACAACAACAAUAAUAAUCAUGCCAGUAUUUCACAUAGAAAUAUUUGUACCCAGAAAACAAGUGUCUCAGCUACGUCUACCCCAAAGACAGCAGUAAGCCAUGCUAUUUGCACUGAAUCACGGCGUGCCUUUACAAAGCUGGACGGUCAGUCUGGAAAUGAAGAAAUAGAUAAGAUGUAGGAACAUCACGAGAGCUUUUCUAGCAAUACUGUGCUUGCACAGGAUGAACAGAACUCAAAAGAUGAAGAUGCUGUUACUUCUAAGAGUCUUGCCCAAUUUAAUAAUGAUGCCACUUGUCAGAAGUCUCAUACUAGCAGCACGCUGGUUUUGAAGAAGGCAACUAACACAACAUUGUCUGUUGAUGCUGAGUUGUUACGCACUGGAGAAGAAUCAGAAUAUGACAAAAAAGACAAAAAGAUAAAUACUAUUUUAUUUGACACUCUGAAGAUAUCAUUUCUUUAAAAAGACAACCUGGUUUUAAAGUGUAGUCUAAAAGACUCUGAAAGUGUAAAUAAAAAAUCCUGCAGUCCAUAAUCAAAAGAACAUGGAAAUUAGGAUACAGAACUGAAUGAUAUUAACAUUUGUCAAGAAAAUGAAAUAAUCCAAUUGUCAAAGACAGACAUAAAUACAAGCUUAGAUUUACUUAGCUCAAAACAUACUGCUGUUUCAUCAUUCCAAGGCAAGAAAGUCAAGUUCAAAUGGCUCACUGCAGAUGAACAAAUUAAAAAAAAUUAGAUUUUAUGAUGAAAAUUAAUAAAACAUACAAGUAAUUAGCUAUGUCUGUCACUCAUUACAAAGUAUGUCAUAAAUAGUUAUUUCUUCAGUCUACUUAUUUUAGUCUUUCAUGAAGAAUUUAAUAUCCACAGAUUACAUAAAAAAUUACAAAUAUACUGUCAAUUACCCAGGCUUUACUCAGGUAGUUUAUAUUUAAGGCAAUGAAGAUGUAGAUGUUUUUCUAUCUGUAAUUAUAAAACACGCGUUGUUUUCCUAUGUUUCUAAACAUUUCAAGGAAUAUUUUACUACACUCUCCUGGGGAAACAGAAUCCAUUUCAAUAUUUAUUAUUUGUAACAACUUCAGAUGUGAAGCAUCUGGUGUGCACAAAAGAAGAAAAAAUACUUCUAUUGUUUUUUCUAAUGUAUUAUUAGUGUAACUGAGCUGUUGCUCAUGACAUAUUAUGUACACUGGUUGUGUUAAGUUCAUGCUAGAAAAUCUGGGGUUUGGUUGAGAUUUUGGGGGGUUAAUCUUUUUUGUUUCUGUUUUUGCAGUAUCACGUAAUACUUAGUUUGAAAUGGAUCAUUUUUGAAUAGCAACCACAGCUGGUUGGUGAAUAGCAGUUUUGCUAUAUUCCUAGAGCUGCUAUUAAGUUAUAUUGAGUAACAGGGGAGAAAAAAGUGAGUAAAUUUUAACACUGGAUAAAACCAAAUAUUCCAAAUAGAACUGAAACAUGGUUUGGGACACUGGGCAAUGACAACUAGUGGUUGUUUCAGUAACUAAUUCAAAAUCAUUUUAGCUGGACCAGCUCUCCAGUGUCAUACUUAAACCUGUACAACCUUAUUUAGGUCGAGCACUUUUUUCCUUAAAACUUAUGCUUAUGGAUUAACAUUUGCUCACUUAACACUAUUCCAUCUUGUACAAAACAUCAACAUAUCAUUUAACUGUUGACAAUGCAUAAUAAAAAAGCACUUUACAAAAAAUAUUUUGUGAUUUUUUAAUAUGAAUCUAUACAUACUAUUUUCCUUAAAUAGUUUGUGAAAUUCUUCAUGCAAUGAUUAGUUUAAACCAAAGUGUCAGAGAGAAAGAGAAUCAUAAUCAAAAUACAUUUUUCAAAAUAAUUCCUGAAGGAUCCAAUAGAGACAGGCAUUUGAAAUAAUUUACAGAAAAGACAAGCUGAUGUUAAAACAUUUAAGAAAGUGUCAUUUAAACCUCUGACUUUUAGAACAAGAUAUCAUCUGCACUACAGCUUAUUGCCCAAAGCAACAGGGUUGUGGGUAAGUGGGAAAUCCACAUGACUCUUCUAUACCUACACAGAAACAACUAUAAACUAUACACACACGUCAGAGAACCGUGAACAGCAUUUUUUUCCACAAGCAUACUUCAGGAGUAUAUUGCUC